AUGGUAAGACAUGGCGCCAUUGGGUGGUUUGAUGCUUUCAAGGUGAGGCCUUGGUGUACGGAUUUGUUGAGAGAAUUCUUGGACAAGGUGAAACUGAUUCAGAAAAAGCUUUUGGCAGCUCAGAGUAGGCAAAAAGAGUAUGAAGAUCGGAAAGUUCGUGAUCUAGAGUUUAUGGUUGGCGAGCAGGUUCUGUUGAAGGUUUCACCCAUGAAUGGUCUUUCGGGUGUUCAUCUAGUAUUCCAUGUUUCCAUGUUGAAGAAGUACCAUUCAGAUGGUUCUUAUAUCAUCCAGUUAAGAAGGCUACUUGGGAGACCGAGGCCGAUAUGCGAGAGAGAUACCCCUAGCUUUUCACCGAUUCAGGUUCCACUUCAGCACCUCGUGAGGGAUCUUCCUGAGGCUUUUAGUACGAGUUUCCAGGGUGAGCCAUGUUCCUGA